GCGCUCUCCCUAGAGCGGCGGGACUCGCUGGUGCCGGGCGCGGCCAUGCGGGACCCGAGCCCGACCCCAACCCUGAGCGCGAGCGCGCCCGCGACCCUGACCGCGACCCCUCGCGCGGCGCGGCUCCCCCGGCGGCGGCGGCGGGCGCGGGGCGCGCUCUGAGGCCCGGGGGAUGCGCGGCCGCCCCGACCAUGGGUGCUGCCGCCUCCAGAAGGAGGGCGCUGAGGAGCGAGGCCAUGUCCUCGGUGGCGGCCAAAGUACGAGCAGCCCGAGCAUUCGGAGAGUACCUGUCCCAGAGUCACCCUGAGAACCGCAACGGCGCAGACCACCUGCUGGCUGAUGCCUACUCUGGCCACGACGGGUCCCCCGAGAUGCAGCCAGCCCCCCAGAACAAGCGUCGCCUUUCUGUCGUCUCCAACGGUCGCUAUGAAGGCAGCCUCUCAGAGGAGGCCUGUGGAGGGGAGCCGGCUGGUGAGGGCCCCCAGCCCCGUGUGUACACCAUCUCUGGGGAGCCAACUCUGCUCCCCAGCCCCAAGGCCGAGGCCAUCGAGCUGGCUGUGGUGAAGGGACGGGGCCCACGGGAGCGGCACCAUCACCAUCAUAGCCAGCCCUUGAGAGCCAGCCCGGGUGGCAGCCACGAGGAUGUCAGCAGGCCCUGCCAGAGCUGGGCAGGCAGCCGCCAAGGUUCCAAGGAGUGUCCUGGAUGUGCCCAGCUGGCCUCCAGCACCUCCCCUCAGCCCUUUGGGCUGGACCAGCCACCUCUGCCCGAUGCCUCUGGCCGCCGCAAGAAGCUGGAAAGGAUGUACAGUGUUGAUCGAGUGUCUGAUGAUGUCCCCAUCCGUACCUGGUUCCCCAAGGAAAACCUUUUCAGCUUCCAGACAGCAACCACAACUAUGCAAGCCAUCUCGGUGUUCAGGGGCUACGCAGAGAGGAAACGCCGGAAACGGGAGAAUGAUUCCGCGUCUGUAAUCCAGAGGAACUUCCGCAAACACCUGCGCAUGGUCGGCAGCCGGAGGGUGAAGGCCCAGACGUUCGCUGAGCGGCGCGAGCGGAGCUUCAGCCGGUCCUGGAGCGACCCCACCCCCAUGAAAGCCGACACUUCCCACGACUCCCGAGACAGCAGUGACCUGCAGAGCUCCCACUGCACGCUGGAUGAAGCCUUUGAGGACCUGGACUGGGACACUGAGAAGGGUCUGGAAGCCAUGGCCUGCAACACCGAAGGCUUUGUACCACCCAAGGUCAUGCUGAUUUCCUCCAAGGUGCCCAGGGCUGAGUAUAUCCCCACCAUCAUCCGCAGGGACGACCCCUCCAUCAUCCCCAUCCUCUAUGACCAUGAGCAUGCAACCUUUGAGGACAUCCUGGAGGAGAUAGAGAAGAAACUAAACAUCUACCACAAGGGUGCCAAGAUCUGGAAGAUGCUGAUUUUCUGCCAGGGAGGCCCUGGACACCUCUACUUGCUUAAGAACAAGGUGGCCACCUUUGCCAAAGUGGAGAAGGAAGAGGACAUGAUCCACUUCUGGAAGCGGUUGAGCCGUUUGAUGAGCAAAGUGAACCCGGAGCCGAACAUCGUCCACAUCAUGGGCUGCUACAUUCUGGGGAACCCCAAUGGGGAGAAGCUAUUCCGGAACCUCAGGACCCUCAUGACUCCUUACAGGGUUACCUUUGAGUCCCCACUGGAGCUGUCAGCCCAAGGGAAGCAGAUGAUCGAGACCUACUUUGACUUCCGGCUAUACCGCCUGUGGAAGAGUCGUCAGCACUCGAAGCUGCUGGACUUGGAUGAAGUCCUGUGAGGACCAGGGCUGCUGUCCGGUCACCACCAGGCCACUUUCUCUGGACCAGGGACUUGGGGCUGGGCUGCCUCUUCCCCCAGACCACACAGUCCUGGUCUUGCCCAGCCGCUUCAGGGCACCUCAGACGUUCUCAGGUUCUCCCGCGUGGUCUGGUUCUCGCUGUGCUGAUGGGGCAUGAUGGCCCCAGUCCCUGGGGAGGCCAGCAGACGGGCAGUGGCCAGGCACUGACCUGCCCAUGCCUCGCCUGGAGGCUGCAGCCCUGGGAAUCCAUCCGCGGGGUCUAUAGAAAUAAGUGCAAUUUCCUACACCUGAAACAAUUCAAAGGGAAGCAGUGUUACUAGUUAGCUAGUCAAGUACUGUGCUGCUAGUUACAGCAUAGGCAACAGGCCCAGCCACCCAGUGUGUGUUCUGGACCCUCUGCCCCUCCCCCCAGCCCUGCCGUAUUUGAUCACCAGCACCAGGGUGGCCAUCCAAGUGGGGCCGGCCUGAGCCAUCAGCCUGGCUCUGUCCACGCCGGCCAAGUCUGUCUGUGCUUUCACUCCUCCCACCACCCCACCCCGCUUACUCUGACCUCAGCCGGCACUGGACCUGGCAGGGGCAGCCUGGGCAGCAAAAAAGGAAGGGCAGAGCCUCCCCUUCCUUUCAGAGGCCACACUGGGCUACAGCCUGCUGCCCAUCUCUCUGAGCCCACCCAGCACUUUCAGCGCUGCCCAUCAGGAGGCCUCAUGCCUGCUCAGAGGUUUGGGGGCUCAGCAGCUUGGCAGGCCCUGGAAGGCAGGAAGCUCACUAUGCACGGCAAUGGGCCUCCCAGGCCUGAGCCAAGGGGCUGGUGGCAGAUGGCGGGAGCUCCCCCACUUGGCAGGGGGUUCACAGCCUUUUCCAGGGUCUGGCAGGGUGGGCUCUUUUGUAUAUAGCUGGGGCUAGGGGGCAGGCCCCCCUUUUGCAGAGCCAGGGGUCUGAGGGCACUUGGCUUAUGUCCCUAGCCAAAAGGGGCUGGGGGGGGGGGCUGGCUCUAAACAAUGUUCAAUUAUCCCUAGUGAUCAUUAAACCUGACUCUUCCCCCGCGGCUACCA